AUGUGUUUCAAACUCUUUUGUUGUUGCAAUCAUGGAGACAAUGCAAUAGGAGAAAAUAAUGAACGAACUGGCGAGGCCAAUCCUCCUGUUAUCAAUCAACCCAUUCUCUCUGGAUUCUAUAAUCUUUUUGUCAAAGAAUGCCUGGAUGAACACAAUCGAUUUAGGGCUUUGCAUGGAGUUCCAAUGGUUACUUUGAAUGUCAACUUAUCAGCCUAUGCAACUGAAUGGGCUAGAAUUCUUGCUGACAGAAAUUCAGUUUUGAUAUAUCGAAAUGAGCAACUUUAUGGGGAAAACCUUUUUGUAGCUCGAGAAUAUAAUGUGGAUGCAAGAACUGUUGUGAAAAGUUGGUACGAUGAAAUAAAAUCGUAUAACUUUGAUAGGCCAGAAAAAGUUCACGGUGUGGAUCAGUUUACACAAGUUGUAUGGAUGAAGACCAGAGAGAUUGGUGUUGGCAUAGAAAAGAGAGGACAAAAUACCUGGGUAGUGGUUAAUUAUGAUCCUAAGGGAAAUAUUCCUAAAAACUUUGAAAUCAAUGUUCCAGAACCUAUAAAGAAAGAAUGAUAUAGAAAUUAAAUAUUAUUUUAUAUUUUAGAAUAAAAAAGAAAAAUUAAAAUAAGAAACUGAAAAGAAGAAGAAAAUGCUAUUGUAAAAGAAAAGUCAUUUAUAGAAAAUAUUAAUGAUAAUAAUUUUAAAUAAUUUUCUUAUUAUACCUAUU